CAGCAGUCGAGGUGACAGGAAACUCUUCUUCAAUUCCGCUGCACGGUGACCUUUGCGUAAAAUUCAUGUGCUGCCGAUAGUUCAGUGCGUGCCAACUCGAUCUCAACUUUCUUGCCAUGGGACAACACAAGGCCAACCAAUGGUACGCAAGCACCAUCCUCUUAAUGCUGUUCGGCUUGGAGUCAAUCAACUCUGCCACUGUCAAAGACAUUUUCACUCCUGAUUCUCCACUUACGCGGGUUCCAAGAGAAACCAGCUACCCGGACAGGUACAGUUCAUCGAGUUCCAGCGACAAGAGCAUACAACCCGAGGAAUCCCCAGAAGCAAGACGAGACCCCCAGAACCUAGGGAAGAGAUGCAUCCGUUGCGAUUCCGGUUAUUUGGACAGAUACCCGUCUGACACGUAUAAAUACGAAGGUAGAGGCGGAACCUACGACAGAUACAAUGACCGCGAUAGAUCCUACGACAGAUACGAAAGAGAAAGAUACCCCGACAGGGAGAGAUACUACGACAGGUACGAGAGGUACCCAGAGAGAUCUAGAUACUCCGAGGACGACAGGUACUCUGAAAGGGACAGAUACUCCGAACGAGACAGGUACGGCUCGUACACCGACAGAUCUAGGGAUAGAUAUAGCGGCUAUUCCGACAGAUACUCCCCCUAUGAGAACCGCGAUAGAUACGAUAGGUACGACAAAUACGAAAGGAAUGAGAGGUAUCCGGAGAGGGGUUCGGGGUAUGAUAACAGGGGCUACGAGAGAGACGGGUACAGACCUUGGGAUGAGACUUACAGGGGCAGUUCAGGGUUUGACAGCGCUGGACGGGGCUACUACUUCGCUUCCGGUAGGCCUGAGUACGGAGCUACUAGCGGGUACGGUAGUUACGGGGGAGGAGGUUAUGCUAGUGGAUGGAAUUAUGGAAGUAGUGGGAGCGGAAAGGAUGACUACAGGGAUAAGGGAUAUGGUGGUGGAUCAAACAGCUACAGAUAUAACAGGGACCCAUAUGAAGGUUAUAGGACUACCAGCUAUCUUUAUGGAAGGCCAUCUUCGACUACUUCCAAACCUCCUUCUGACAGUGGUUCCAGUAAUACUCAAUCACCGCAGGACAGCUCAGGCUAAGAAUAGAGAUACGUUUUAAAUGGAAUUACUUUAGUUAUUACGAAAAAAAACUGUACACUCUAUUUUUAUUAUUUAUUCAUAUUGAGUUAGUUUUAAAGUGAAACAGUUAUUUCUCAUCUUACAAAAAAUGACCCAACGUAGGACUAAUUUUGCUAUUUCAGUUUAAUUUUUAUUCAUUGCAUAUAUAAGUUGCGGGUCUCAGAGCAGAAGAAAUUCUAAACAUUAAUAUAUUACGAUUUGGCCAAACUUAUCUAGAGUGUUAAAAGUAAAAAUUUGUAUCUUUUGUCCUAACUAGAUCAUCCUUUUUACAGCAAUAAAAUUUUUGUAGAAUUUUUUACUAAAGUUGGUCUGGCUAAAUUGUAAUGUAUUGUUUAGAUUCCACUAUAACCUUGAGACCCAUCACUUGUAACACCCUGUAUGUAGUAAUUUCAAUAAAUGGCGCUGGUUGCUAUCAGGGUUACGUAAAAAACUUAAGAGUGUACUCAAGACAUCUUUGUUAGACGCUUUUUUUAAAGCCGAAGCAUAUUUUUUUUGAGAAAUUUGUAUAUAAUUUUCUGUCUACAGUCUACAGCAAUAAUAUGUGCAAUUUUCUCUCGAUGUACAAAUAGCAAACAUGUCAAUCAGUCUAGAUAAUAACUGUUUUUGUGUUUUCUAACCUUUAACCACUGAAACACUGCCCCACUUAUUAUUCAUUGCCAGGUUUUACAAUGUUUGAUCUUGAUCUUUAGAAAUUAAGCUACCAAAGAUCGUUUCUGUUUGUAUUAGGAUGUAAGAGUAGUAAGUAUUAAAAUUUAUAUUUCAAAAUACUGUUUUUUUUUUUUGUAAUUUCUAAUAA